AUGGCAGAUCAGGAGCAGCGCCGGUCAGCUCAUACCCGGAGGUCUAGGCUUCAGGAUUCAUCUGGGCCACAGCGAUCACCAGUGCCUCGCGUCCAGAUCACGCGUCUUUCACGACGCAGCCUCCUCGUCAAGUUCCCAUUACCAGAGACUAUGGGCGGCCCACGACGCAGCCCACGAUGGGAAUUGCCCGCUGUGCCUGCCGCGCGCACUCUUCCGUCAUACGAUCGUGAUUCCUGGACUCGCCUCACCAUGAACCCAAACUUAUCACGAAUUGCCACCGCAAUUCAAGGUCUUGGGCUCAAACCGGUCAAUCGGCGAGGCAUCCCAAAAUUCGAAUCUCCCCUCAUACGUCAGCUUGCCAAUGCUAUUUCCAAUGUCGCAGUGGAGCUUCCAAAGAACGUCGAGGACCUAAUCGAUGCCGCCAGCGAUGUCAAGAGGCUUGACGUCGAUAUUGCAGCGCUGUUGGACCGCUUUGGGGUGGAAAUCUGGGGCCGCAAUAGCGAGAGGACGUGGCUAUCUAAAGCCCAUGAUCGUUCAGAGGGCUAUAAAAAGGACUUGAUAUUUGAGGAUCCGACAGACCAGUCAGUGUUGAAGCACCAUCUUCGAAUGUGGAUUCUACUAAAGGCUUUCAACACCUUGCGCAAUGGGACUCAACUGAACCCGAAGCAGAAACACAAGGCCGAAGAUGCUCAACAGCUAGCUGUGGCUCGAGAUGAGAGUGAGAUCGAUGUCACCGCAGUACAAGCCAGCAACCUUCUUUCACUUGAAAAUUACUGGGAUGAGAAAAUUUGGCGUCGCUUCGUCAAAGCAUCGCCCCUCCCCUUCAGUACUUUCAUCUCGUGUCUCGGUCUUAAAACUCGCCUGGUAUAUGGUCGCACCAUCUUCGACCAUCUUGCCGCAAAAGACUUGAGCGCUGAGGUAAACAAUAUCGCCACUAGGCUAUAUAUUCAGCUUUCCGUUGAGACCCUGGUUAGCUAUGCUGCUGAUCCAGACUUUCUCGACGAGGAGAUCGACGUGUUGCUGUACGAGUAUGCACCACAGAUAUGGGGCAUGGACGCCGAUCGAACCGAACUUCUCAAGCCUGGUGUUGAUGACACAUAUGUUAAAGAUCUGGUGUAUGAAGACGAUGAAGACCGGAAACUGCUAUGGAUGAAUAUCCACCGCUGGAUCUUUGCCCGAUCAUUCAAAAUACUGAGGCAGUCGGGCAGCAGCGUUGAAGUCAAACAGGGGAUGAUUGCAGCUCUGAACCAUGACAACUCAUCGCCGAAUAUUUUUCGAGUGCCCGAGAGAUUGUAUAUGCUAACACCUUCUAGUAUCGAAGAUGCGCAAGAGCAUAACAAGAAGCGAAAUGCCUUCACGGCUGCGAACUACUCCGGACCAAAGCAGCCAGCCAGCCAUGAAACACAAGGUUCGAUGUUGAAAAGGCGAGAGACCUCCCUAUCCAUGACGGAAAACCAGAAGCUACCAUCAAAGAAGCAGAAGGGGAAGGAUUCGAUGCCCAGGUCCAGCAUCGACAAGGCUGAUGAAGAAGCUUCGCGGGUCAGCCCAUUUGAUGUCUCUGGAUUGACCACUAGAUUUCUGAACUACCUGCAGAACUAUGAGCAAUCAGACUCCCUAGCGACAUCAGUCCUCAACAGCAUCGACCAGGAUCUCACCCAGGUCGUGUCGACUCUUCCCGUUCUCCUCAACAACGAGCCUUACGCUACGAUAUUCGCCAACUUGUUUGCCAGCUGGAUCACAUACCGUCGUACCAUACUUGCUGUGAGAAAACAAGUCGCGGCGCUUCCCAUCGAGCAACCAAACGAAAUAAAGGCGAAGAUGACGCGCUCUCGCCUUCUGACUAAGCUGAGAAAGGCAAGGGAUGAGUUUGUGGGAACGAAAUACAAUGGCAAGAGUGCGGAAGAAGUUGUGUGCUUGGGGUUUGGGAAAUUGCAGGGGACGGCUGAGGAAGGUGAGGAGGUCAUGCUUACCAUACGUGAAGGAUUCAGAAAGCUGGAUGACAAACUGGUGGAGUUGGGAGAUUUGCUUGGUGGCGGGAAUUGGAUCAUGAUGGGUUGA